AUGACCGGACAGACUGAUGCAGACAUACCUGAAACAGGAGCCAUCUUCACAUUUGGAAAGAGCAGCUUUGCAGACAAUGUGCCCAGUAAAUUCUGGUUGAAGAACGACCAUCCAGUGCAUAUAUCCUGUGGUGGGGCGCACACUGCUGUCAUCACAGACAAUGGGAGGAUCCUCAUGUUUGGUGCCAACACCUGCGGCCAACUGGGACUGGGAUUUAAAAGUGCAGCCAGUAAACCUGCCUCGGUGAAAGCCUUUAAGUCUGAGACGGUGAAGCUUGUAGCUUGUGGGAGAGAUCACACAAUUGUCUUCACAUGGCAGGGUUGUGUGUACAGUGCUGGCAGUAACCAGGAGGGGCAGCUCGGUUUGGGUCACUGCAGCAACACGACAUCCUUCGCUCUGCUGCCUCCCUUCUGCGACCAUGCACCCGUCAGGAUGCUCUCUGCAGGGGGCAGCACCUCAGCUGCCUUAACAGAGGACGGCAGGCUGUUCAUGUGGGGAGACAACUCCGUGGGUCAGCUUGGUUUAGGGGACGAGGGAUCCGCAGCAGAGCCCAGAGAGGUGGAUGUUGGAGAGGCGGUGGUGUGGGUCUCCUGUGGAUACCACCACUCAGCAUUUGUCACAGUGGCUGGAGGUCUUUACACGUUUGGUGAAAGUAUGAAUGGACGUCUUGGUCUCCAGACAGAGCAGCUUGCCAAUCACAGAGUCCCCCAGAGGGUGCAAGGGAUUCUGGGUCAUGUCAUCCAGGUGUCCUGUGGAGGGGAGCACACUGCAGCACUCACUGAGGAGCAUGUGUACACGUUCGGCAGGGGUCAGUACGGUCAGCUGGGCCAUGGAACGUUUCUGUUUGAGGUCGAUUUUCCAAAACCACUGAAGCACUUUUCUAACGACAGCAUCAGACAUGUCUCCUGUGGAGAGAACCACACUGCUGUGAUCACUGAGAACGGGCUGCUCUAUACAUUUGGGGACAGUCGUCAUGGAAAACUGGGCUCAGGGGAGGAGAACUUCACCAACCAGUUCAGCCCAACACUUUGUAGACGUUUUCUGAAAUACAACGUUCAGUUAGUGUCCUGCGGUUGUAACCACAUGCUGGUACUGGCUGCACCCAGACCACCAGAGAGCCAGGAGGGGGUGCCAGAGACGAACGUCACCAUCAAUGACAACUUGUUGCGUUUAGAAAUGCUCCUGUUCGACACUUGGACGGAUCCAACUCCACUGGUCCCAAAGUCUGCCCUCGCUGCUCGAGCUCGCCACAGAGAGAAAGAGAGCUCAUUGGAUCUGUUUGGAGAAAUGUUCCAGAACCUCCCACGUUUGAACUCCGACUUCCUCAACGCCUCAUGGCAAACAUCCAGAAACGUCUUUACCCGCACAACACGUUCAAAGGAUGUGACCACCCCUUCAUCACCCCCCAAACCCCUGUCGGACACACCACCAAGCCCACCACUCUCACCCGCACCUCUGUCAGAAUCUCAAGACCACGAAGAGGAGGAGGAUGAAGAUCAGAAAACCUCAAAGGUAACCUCCAGAGUAGAUGUAGGAGAAGAUGAUGAGAGUAAAAAGGAAGAAACUGAAGAUGAGGAAGAAGAGGGACAGAGUGUAAGCAAUGUGGAUGACAAAGAGGAGGAAGAGGAGGAGGAUAGAGGAAAUAGUAGCUGUGACAAAAAGGAUGAAGAAGAGAGUGUUUCUGGAGAGGGUGAGCCAGAGGGAGAUGAUGAAUCAAAGGAAGAAGAGGGUGAGGAGGAAACAAACUCUAGCAGUGAGGAAAAGGAAAAAGGGACUGAGAUGAACAAUAGUAUGGAGAUUGAAGAGGAGGAAGAAGGAGAAGAGGAAGAAAGCAGUGAAGCGAUGGGUGAAGGUGGAAGUGAGUCUGAAGCAGUUGAAGAAGAGGAGGAGGGAAGUGAACACUCCAAUGAAGAAGAAGGGGAAGAGGAUGAAAGUGAGGUGAGUGAGGACGAAGAAGAUGAAAGUGGUGAAGAGUCGGUGAGCACAAUUGACAGCAAGAGUGAAGAGGAAGAAGAGGGUGAAACUGAGGAGCAAAAAGAUGAUCAAGAUUCCACAGAAAGUGAGGAUGAGGAGAAAGACUCAGAAGAUGAAGAGUCAGAUGAGAGCAUAGGAGAUAGGAAAGAUGAUGAGAACAAGGAUGAAGAAGAGGAGCUGUCAGAUGAGGGGGGAAGUGGUGGGGGUGAGGAAGGGGAUGAGGAAGAAGAUGGGGAAGAAGAAGAGAAUGAAACAAUGGUUAAACUGACAGAGACAAGACCCACAAAUCUGAGACAGGAACAAGGUAAACAUAAGAUUGAGGAUGAAGGGGCAGAAGAAGCGGGUGAGGAAGAAAAGGAGGAAGAAGAAGAGGGUUUGUAUAGAGGAAAGGUUGCAAAGGUGGCUGAGGACGAACAUGAGAGUGAGGAGGAGGAAGGAGAAGAUGAGGAAGAGGAGGAGGAAGGAGAAGAGGGUCGGGAAAGAGGAAAGGUUGCAAAAGUGGCCAAUGAAGAACAUGAGAGUGAAGAAGAGGAAGAGGAGGAGGAAGGAGAAGAUGAGGAAGAAGAGGGGGAAGGAGAAGAGGGUCUGGAAAGAGGGGAGGCUGCAAAGGUGACUGAGGACAACCAUGAGAGUGAGGAGGAGGAAGAGGAGGAGGAAGAAGAGGAGGAAGGGGAAGAGGGUCGGGAAAGAGGAAAGGUUGCAAAGGUGGCUGAGGAAGAAAAUGAAAGUGAGGAUGAGGAGGAGGAAGGAGACGAUGAGGAAGAGGAGGAGGAAGGAGAAGAGGAGAAAGGAGAAGAGGAUCGGGAAAGAGGAGAGGUGUCAAAGGUGACCAAGGAAGAAAAUGAGAGUGAGGAGGAGGAAGAGGAGGAGGAAGGAGAAAAGGAAGAGGAGGAGGAAGGAGAAGAGGAGAAAGGACAAGAGGGUCGGGAAAGAGGAGAGGUUUCAAAGGUGACCAAGGAAGAAAAUGAGAGUGAGGAGGAGGAAGUGGAGGUGGAAGAAGAAGAAGAAGAAGAAGAAGAAGAAGAAGAAGAAGAAGAAGAAGAAGAAGAAGAAGAAGAAGAAGAAGAAGAAGAGGAUGAAGAAGAAGAAGAAGAAGAAGAAGAAGAAGAAGAAGAAGAAGAAGAAAAGAAAAAGACCCAGACAAAAAGACAGGACACACAGAAGUUGCCUCCCGACAGAAAAGAGAAGCAGCAAAGAGAAAAAUCAGAACCAGCUCGGAGGACAAGGCAGAGAACUGCAGGAGAGAAGAACCCAGAGGAGAAGCAGUUCUGGAACAAUGUUCUACCACAGUAUCUGGACCUGCAGUGA